CGCGGGCAGACGCCACCAUGAAAGCUCAGAGAGCAGAAAGAGCCUCUUCUCACCCCACGCUGACAAUCAUAUAAUCCACAGAUGAUUAGGAGACUCCAAGCAACUUAUUGCAUCACAUACUCAAUCAAUAGUCUGAAAGACUGACCAAGAAAUGGAUCUAGCGGCCAUUAGGAUUCUACUCCUUCAGCAAGGGGACCGUCCAGUUGAGGAUCACGCCCGUGAGUUUUUAGAGCUGGCAAAUGUAGUGCACUAUCCAGACCGCUCUCUGGUGGGUUUUUUCCGGGCCGGUCUGAAUAGUGCACUGAGGGAACUCAUACCUCUCGCUGAUCCUCACUGGACACUCGGCGAUUAUGUGGAGAAUGCUCUGGAACUCUACUUACAGUGGAUUAUGGCAGUAACCCUGGGCCAAAACCUGCAUCCACGGCCCCUGUCUCGAAGCCUGCCACUGCCCCUGCCACUGAUGUCGAUGCAUAGGUCCAUGAAGACCCUACCUCAAAAUUUGUCUGCGCACACGCCUGCCACGGUCAAUGAGCCAGCACCCACGCCUACCACAUUCAACGAGUUGCCAGCCUCGCCCGUCCCAGAGCCAGCGCUGCCAACUUCGGCCAUCCAGAGGAGGAGGAAGAGAAGAAAAGUUUCCAUUCCCGAGUCUCCUCCCAUGCCCAUGACCACGGAGAUCAUUCCCAAGUCUCCUCCCAUGCCCAUGACCAUGGAGUUCGUUCCCGAGUCUCCUCCCAUGCCCAUGACCACGGAGGUCGUUCCUGAGUCUUUGCCCAUGCCCACGACCACGGAGGUCGUUCCCGAGUCUCUGCCCAUGCCCACGGAGGUCGUUCCCGAGUCUCUGCCCAUGACCACGGAGGUCAUCUCUUCCAAUGUUUGUGACCAUGGAGGUUAUUUCCCAUUCAUCCAGGACUCUUUGUCUUGAGCCUCCCACGGCUCCGCCCCCAGAGUCUUCCAUGGCUCCGCCCCCUCCCCCAGAGACUCCUCCUACAGUGGCUCCAACGCCUGACCCUGUACCUGUCCUGUGGCCGCCUCCCAGGCCUCCUGACCCAGUCCCCACCUUGAGGUCAUCUCCUUGGUCUCCUGGCCAUCCACCUGUUCUGCUCUGGUCUCCCUGGUCUCCUGGCCAACCGCCUGUUCUACUCUGGUCUCCUGGCCAUCCACCUGAUCUGCUCUGGUCUCCUGGAUGUCCACCUGAUCUGCUCUGGUCUACUUUGUCCUCCGAGCCUGCAGCAUCACCCUGGCUCUCCAUCCCUCCGGUUCCACCUUGGUUUCAAGCCUCCCUGACUUUGCCUUGUUCCUCUGCUCCCCUUGCCCCUUAUGCCCCCCCAGAACUACCUGUUUUCCCCCCACACCCCAUGGAAAAUUUGUUUUUGGAGCAUCUGGAAUCUGCUCCUUAAAAGGGGGGCUCUGUCACAUAUUCCACAUAUAAAACUGUUGUUUGUACUGACUUCUAUGUUGAAAUUCUGGUUUAGUUCCCUGUUCCUGUUUCCUGUUAGUUUUGUAGUCCUUUUGUAGUUUCUUUUCAUGAUUGGUUUUCCCCCUGAUUGUUUCCCCAGGUGUUCCUCGUUCCCUUGUUUUCCCUUGUGUAUUUAAGCCCUUGUUCUCCCCUGGUUUUUUUGUCAGUCUUCAUCUGUAUUAUGCUGUGCUUUGUUCCCUGUGUUUUGUUUCAUUAUGUUCGGAGUUACCUGGUUUACUUUUGUUUUAUUAAAAAAGGCUGCAUUUAGAUCCUCAUUCCUCUCCUGUCUCAUCACACUUAUGUUGUGGUCAUAAUGAGGAAAAAUGAUAAAGUAUUAAAAUAUGAUUUGAUAAAGUAACUGUGAUCUGAAUACAGGUGAUUGAAAACGUAACGUGCUGAAUUCAGUAACUUUUUUGCAAUCUGAAUAUAACACAGUUACUUGUAUUCCAUUACUGUCCAACCCUGCACCACGUAUAAAGUAAAAGUCAAGCUAA